AUGGCGUUGUUCAGGUUGUUCCGGAAGCCGGGGGGGAAUCUGAGGAAGUCCUACAUGCAGGGAAGUAUGAUGUCUCUGGCUCCGACCAAAGGACUGCUGAACGAGCCGGGCCAAAACAGCUGCUUUCUCAACAGCGCCGUUCAGGUGCUUUGGCAGCUGGACAUCUUCAGACGCAGCUUGAGGGAGCUACCCGGCCACUUCUGUUUCGGGAAGCCAUGCAUCUUUUGCGAAUUAAAGGACAUAUUCUCCCAGUUCCGGCACAGUCGGGAGCGCGCGCUGCCGUCAGACAACCUGCGUCACGCCUUGGCGGAGACCUUUAAGGACGAGCAGCGCUUCCAGCUGGGCUUCAUGGACGAUGCCGCAGAGUGCUUUGAAAACAUCCUGGAGCGAAUCCACCUGCACAUAGUGCCUGAAGAGACCGACGCGUGCACCUCAAAGUCCUGCAUCACCCAUCAGAAGUUCGCCAUGUCGCUGUACGAGCAGUCCGUCUGCCGUAGCUGUGGGGCAUCCUCUGACCCGCUGCCUUUUGUAGAGCUGGUGCAUUAUGUCUCCACCACGGCACUUUGCCAACAGAUGUAUCAGCGCAAGGACGAUUCCUUCGGAGAACUGUUGCAAGCUGCGUGUACGGUCGGAGAUCUUCGUAAUUGCCCCAGCAAAUGCGGCCAGAGGAUUCACAUCCGUCGCGUCCUCAUGAACUCUCCGGAGAUCGUCACCAUCGGCUUCGUGUGGGAUUCGGAGCAGUCGGACCUGACCGAGGACGUGAUCCGCUCGCUGGGGUCUCACCUCAGCCUUUCCACGCUUUUCUACAGGGUGACUGACGAGCACGCUAAAAAGGGCGAGCUAAUGCUGGUGGGGAUGAUCUGCUUCUCCAGCCGCCACUACUGUGCCUUCGCUUACCACACCAAGUCUUCCAAGUGGGUCUUCUUCGAUGACGCCACUGUCAAGGAGGUGGGCUCCAGGUGGAAAGACGUGGUCAGCAAAUGUAUUAAAGGUCACUUCCAGCCUCUUCUACUCUUUUACGCUAACCCGAACGGCAGCGCCAUUACCGCCGAGGAUCCGUCACAGCGCAACCUGGGCCAAAACCAGCACAAGGACACUGAGAAUGGAGAAGGCAAGUCACGGAAUAAAUCAAUUCCAUCUCCCAAGAAACUGGAAUUGGCCUUUGAGAAUUUUCAGGCUCUACUGGGUCUUCAAGGGCACUUGAAACCAAAAACCCCUUCCACCCUUAGCCGCAACAGUGCCCAUACGAGUGGAGGACAGGGACCAGUGAAAAUUGGUAGCAGUGAUCCAAAGCGUCAAUUCCGGGAGAUUUCCAGGGAAGUCGCUCAGCGAGUCAGCGGAGAGGCACAUCCGUUCGGAAGGGACUCCAAUGGAAGCGGUCAGCGGCGGCAAGAAUCGCGUUACAGAGAUCCAGGUCAAGAACGCUUCCAAUCCCGAUCCAUCUCUCCCCCAGAAAAUGGUUUCAAGCAACAUAUUGAGACUCGUCUCUACAGCAGUCAGGGAAAAGGUCCCACGCGGACCGAACGCCCGCUUCAACUCGGCAGCGGUGCUUCUCGCGGGUCGCUUCGCUUCACCUCCGGGGUUCAGGUGUUACCCGCCGAGCCCGUCGUGAGAAGCUUCCGCUACGGCGGGAAAGCUGACGCCGACGGCUACGACACGGACAGCAGCCAAGACUCUCGCGGGAACAGUCGCGGCAGAGCCGCUCGUCCGUGGAAGCCCAUGCGCGAGGCGCUCAACGUGGACAGCAUCUUAAGCGACGACGGUCGGCGAGAAAGUCCGAGGAGACGGCCCAGCGGCACGUCGCCCACGCGAGAGCGGGAGGCUCCGUGGCUCGGCCGAGAAGAGCGCAAACCCAAGAGCCUUAUGACUAUUUACGAAGACGACCGACGGCACGAAAACGGCGGAAGCCGCAGCUCUCUGGACUCUCUCGGCCGAGGCGGUUACUCCGAAAAGGACAGGUCGAAAGGCUCGGCCGCGCUUAAAGUCUACGGCGACAACUGGAAGAUCCAGCGAACUGAAUCGGGUUACGAAAGCAGCGACAGAAUCAGCAAUAGCUCUGCAAAUUUGGACUCACCUGUCGUGGAAAACUUUCCCCCCAAGGAUCUCCAUCCCAUUCCCGAGCUGCAUCUGAACAGGGAUCAAUUCCCUCCAAGGGCAGCAAGCGAUGAUGACCUAUUGCACACAACUUUUUUAACCGGUGAACAAUGGCGAAAGUCUCCGGAUAUGCGUGACUCUGACAAGCAGUUACAGAGAAAAAGAGCUUUCCGACACACCCCGGGAAUCUCGCACUUCGACAGGCCGGACGGUAAAAGAAACGAUGACAGCGAUAGUCCGGUGAGCCCGGUGCCGACUUACUUGACGAAGACCGGUAGCUCCAAUGAUUUGGCCAGAGCCUUCCCCGAACACGAGGAGAUCAGCAAUGACGAUUCGCCACCUCCUCUACCUCCUAAACCGUUUUUCGGCGAUCAGAGCAGCUCGGCGGAACCGCCGGAAAUACCCGCCCGCCGACCCGUCCUUUCGAACACCCUGAUCCGCUGGAUCGAGACGCCGGCCGAGCACCGUCUCUGGUCCGACGCCAGCUCCAACAAGUCUUCGGACCAAGACCGUAACGACCUGUCGGCCAGCGAGAGCGAAGAGAAGCUUCCCGGACGAGAGGGCGCCGACUCUCCCGACGUGGUUCAACCUACAACUUACUUCUCCGUCGACAACUGCAUGACAGACACUUAUCGAGCCAAAUACCACAAGAGACCCGCCUUGUACACGAGAGUCGAGGAACACACGUCUUCGGGGGAGAGCGACGUGGAUGCAAAAGGUCUUCCCGCUGAGCUGUUACAACUCCCAGAUGACCGAACGCAAUCAGGCUACUCUCCUCCUACCAAGCCCGUUGUAAAGUGGAACCCGGUGACCCCGAAAGAUCUGGACGAACACGGAUUCCUGUAG